GGGACGGACCGCUUGUUCGUGUUCUAUGGUGUUUUUCGAUAAAAAGACACUCCCUUUUCUGUUUUACUACAAUUUUGGACAAUCGGAAUACAUAUUGUUAAAUACAGACAUGAGUUAUAGCGUCUACAGUAAAAAUAUGAGAGGGUAAACUGUAUGAAAAGUUCUUGAAACGCAACUCAUAUCUAAUCACAGGAGAAUGUCUACCAUGUCAAGGUCUGUGCAUAUCAGUCAGCAGAAGCUGGCUGAAAAGCUUAUCAUACUCAAUGAUCGGGGUAUCGGUAUGUUGACUAGAAUUUACAACAUCAAAAAAGCAUGCGGUGAUGCCAAGUCCAAACCAGCAUUUCUAUCAGAUAAAACCUUGGAAUCUUCCAUUAAACAUAUAGUGAGAAGGUUUCCUAAUAUUGACGUAAAAGGCUUGCAAGCAAUAACCAACAUAAGGAAUGAGAUCAUCAAAUCACUAUCACUAUAUUACUACACAUUUGUAGAUCUUUUAGACUUCAAGGACAAUGUGUGCGAACUGUUGAACAUAAUGGAUGCAUGUCAGGUAACCCUGGAUUUGACCUUGAAUUUUGAGCUUACAAAAAAUUACCUGGACUUAGUAACAACAUAUGUCUCACUAAUGAUCUUACUUUCCCGAGUUGAAGACAGAAAAGCAGUGCUUGGCUUAUUCAACGCUGCUCAUGAGAUGGUCCACAACCAAAUUGAUCCAAGUUUUCCUCGUUUGGGUCAAAUUAUAGUGGAUUAUGAUGCACCUUUGAAAAAGUUGUCUGAAGAAUUUGGUCCUCAUCAAAAGCUGUUGUCUAGCGCAUUAAACUCAUUAUGGCAUGUGUAUCCAGCGAGAAAUAUGACUGCAGAACACUGGAGAUCGGAACAGAAGUUGAGUCUAGUUAGCAACCCUGCUCUGCUUUUAAAACCUUCAGAGACUAAUACAAUGUCAUGUGAAUAUGUCUCAUUAGAGUCGCUUGAGAGAUGGGUAAUAUUUGGGUUUGCCCUGUGUCAUCAAAUGCUGCAGCAGGACCACGCUAACAAGAUGUGGGUCAGUGCACUAGAGUCCGGAUGGGUGGUUGCACUUUUCCGAGAUGAAGUUAUCUACAUUCAUACAUAUAUUCAGAGUUUCUUUGAUGGAAUUAAGGGAUAUGGAAAAAGGAUUUCUGAAGUUAAGGAUUGCUACCAUCACUCAGUUCAAAAAGCAGGAUAUAAACACAGAGAAAGGAGAAAAUUUUUAAGGACAGCUUUGAAGGAGUUGGGUUUGAUUUUGACAGAUCAACCUGGACUGCUGGGGCCUAAAGCAUUAUUAAUAUUUAUAGGCCUGUGUUAUGCUAGAGAUGAAGUGUUUUGGCUCUUACGUCAUAAUGAUAACCCACCACAAAAAGUAAAAGGAAAAUCCACUGAAGAUCUGGUUGACCGUCAGCUGCCUGAACUACUCUUUCACAUGGAAGAACUCAGAGCUCUUGUUCGCAAGUACAGUCAGGUCAUGCAAAGAUAUUAUGUGCAGUAUUUAUCAGGCUUUGAUGCAGUAGCCCUGAAUUUAAUGAUACAGAAUCUACAAGUGUGUCCUGAAGAUGAGAGUAUCAUUCUGUCUUCUCUCUGUAAUACUGCUGCUAAUUUAAAUGUAAAGCAAGUUGAAAGUAAUGAAAUCUUUGAUUUCCGGGCAUUCCGCUUAGAUUGGUUUAGACUGCAAGCAUACACAUCUGUUGCAAAAACACAACUUAACUUGGUAGAUCAAAGAGAAUUGGCACAAUUCAUUGAUAAAAUGGUAUUUCACACUAAAAUGGUGGAUAACCUUGAUGAAAUAAUGGUGGAAACAUCAGAUUUGUCUCUGUUCUGCUUUUACAGUAAAAUAUUUGAGAGUCAGUUUCACAUGUGCUUGGAGUUUCCAGCGCAAAAUCGUUACAUUAUCGCAUUUCCACUUAUUUGCAGUCACUUCCAAAACUGUACUCACGAACUCUGUCCAGAGGAAAGGCACCACAUCAGGGAAAGGAGUCUUUCUGUUGUCAAUAUCUACUUGGAUGAAAUGGCAAAAGAAGCAAAGAACAUAAUUACAACAAUUUGUGAUGAACAAUGUACAAUGAGUGACAAACUACUUCCAAAACACUGUGCUCAGACAAUUGCUCAUCUGGCCAACAGAAAGAAAAAGGACAAAAGCAAAAAGAACCCUAUAGAAAUAGUGAAGCCCGGAGAUGAAAGUUACAGGAUAACUAGGGAAGAGUUGACCACUAUGGACAAACUCCAUAUGGCACUCACAGAAUUGUGUUAUGCCAUCAAUUACUGUUCUACUGUAAAUGUUUGGGAAUACACAUUUGCCCCUCGAGAAUAUUUACAUCAACACUUGGAGACUAGAUUUUCUAAAGCAUUAGUUGGAAUGGUAAUGUUCAAUCAAGACACUAGUGAGAUUGCUAAACCUUCAGAGUUGCUGGUCAGUGUCAGGGCAUACAUGAAUGUGUUGCAAACUGUUGAGAACUAUGUUCACAUUGACAUCACAAGAGUGUUCAACAAUUGCCUGUUGCAACAAACCCAAAACAUGGACAGUCAUGGCGAAAAAUCAAUAGCAUCACUGUACACACAGUGGUAUUCUGAAAUUUUACUCAGAAGAGUGAGUGCUGGGAAUAUUUGCUUUUCAAUGAAUCAAAAGGCUUUCGUGAGCCUGUCAGCUGAAGGUGCAAUACCUUUUAAUGCUGAAGAGUACUCUGAUAUUAACGAACUCAGGGCUCUAGCUGAAUUGAUUGGGCCCUAUGGUAUGAAACUAUUAAGUGAGACACUCAUGUGGCACAUCGCCAGUCAAGUCCAGGAGCUUAAAAAGUUAGUCGUGCAGAAUAAAGAAGUACUACAGAUGUUACGAACCAAUUUUGACAAACCGGAAAUAAUGAGAGAACAGUUUAAAAGACUGCAGCAUGUAGACAAUGUAUUGCAGAGGAUGACGAUAAUUGGCGUGAUAUUGAGUUUUCGACAAAUAGCGCAGGAGUCACUUCUGGACGUGCUAGAACGACGUAUUCCGUUUUUGAUAAGUUCCAUUAAAGAUUUUCAGCAACAGCUACCUAGCGGUGACCCGACGCGUGUUAUAUCCGAGAUGUGUUCGGCGGCCGGGCUGUCGUGCAAAGUGGACCCCACUCUCGCUUCCGCCCUUCGCCAACAUAAAGCGGAACUGGAGGAAGAGGAGCAUCUUAUUGUCUGUUUGCUUAUGGUGUUUGUGGCCGUGUCUUUGCCGAGGCUGGCCCGCAGCGAGGGCUCGUUUUACAGACCGUCUUUAGAGGGCCACGCUAACAACAUACACUGCAUGGCACCUGCUAUAAAUCACAUAUUUGGCGCCUUGUUUACAAUAUGUGGCCAAAACGACAUUGAGGAUAGAAUGAAAGAGUUUCUAGCAUUAGCGUCUUCGUCGCUCUUGCGGCUCGGACAGGAGACAGAAAAGGAAGCUAUCAGAAAUCGCGAGUCUGUUUAUUUACUUCUCGAUUUAAUAGUCCAGGAGUCGCCAUUUUUAACCAUGGACUUGUUAGAAUCAUGUUUUCCGUAUGUUUUAAUACGUAAUGCGUAUCAUGAAGUAUAUAAACAAGAACAGAUGCUAUUGCAUUCUUAAUUCCGUUUAUUUAAAAGACAUUGAAUAAUUAUAGGAAUUAUCUUAUAGUCUCGAUGACAAAUUCCAUUGAAUGAAUACUAAUUAUUUUAGUGAUAAGUUUCAUAUACUGAUGAAAUUAUAGUUAUUUGGAUGAAAUAGUGUUGCAUAGAUGUCAUUAAUAUUAAUUAGGCUUUAAUAAGACUGGAUAAAUAUUCCUUUUCAUUAAGUUUUUAUAAAUAUAAACAUUACUUUGGCUAUUAUAUUAUCUUUUACAAGUAUUUGUAAGGACCUAUGCUAAUUGUAUUUAACCUUACCUAGUAAUUUUUAUACCUGCGCUAAAAUCGUAGAUAA